AUGAGGAAUAAAAAUAAUUUAUAUCUUAAUUAGCAUCAAUAUAUGAUUUAUAUGCUUGAAUACAAUUAAUUAGACUAAUUUGCUAUGAGGUGUCCAUCAUUUACCAUUUUAAACAGAUGCUGGAUAAAGGGCUAUAGUGAGAUUCACUCAAGCCAAUACUACAAAUUGAUUAUUUAUAAUAUGAAAAUUUACAUAAUUUUGUUAAAAUAGUACCAUGGUCAAUGA